GGCAUCUUUGUUUUAGUCAUGUGAUAUUAUUUAAGUGAUUAUUUUGUGACGUGAUUGUCGGAAUUUAUGAAAAGGCGCCUUCAAAGAUUUCUAAUGAGUUGCUAAUUAUCGCGUGUUUAUUCAUAUCUUGAUACAGAUAAAACUUCAAGAAAAUUCCAGCUUCUAACCAAAUGCCAAGAUCAAAUUAGAAUUACGAAAUUUAUUGAAAAUCGUGAUAUCUUGAAUAAGAAUAAAUACAUUAAGGAAAAAAAAAGAGGAAUAGGAAAAAUGGUUACUGGACGAGCGUUACAUUUUGUAUUUAAAAUACCCGAUCGUAGAUUAACAGCGAAAUUUUAUCGCGAAAUUCUUGGGAUGAAGGUACUGAGACACGAGGAAUUUUCAGACGGAUGUGAAGCUGCCUGUAAUGGACCAUAUGCAAAUCGUUGGAGUAAAACAAUGAUAGGAUAUGGUCCAGAGGAUACACAUUUUGUCAUUGAAUUGACAUAUAAUUAUGGAAUCAAGGAAUAUGAAACUGGAAAUGAUUUUAAAGCUAUCACUAUUCGUUCAAAAGAUGUAAUCGAAAGAGCACGUGCCAAUAAUUGGCCAAUGCACGAAGAAAAUGGAAAAUUUGUGAUGCAAGCACCUGGUGGAUAUAAAUAUCAUAUAAUUGAUGAGCAAUCUUUUACUAAUAGUGAUCCAGUAGAGAAAGUUACUUUAUCCAGUUCCAAUCUUGAACAUACCAUUGCCUAUUGGAAAGAUAUUUUAGGAUUAAAGAUAUUUGAUAAAAAAGAUAAAAGUGUAUUGUUGGGCUAUAGCGAGGACCAAACCAAGCUCGAAUUUGAAGAUAUUGGUACUGAAGUUAACCAUGCAAAAGCGUAUGGACGUAUUGCUUUCUCUGUACCAUUGUCGGAACAACCAAUAAUUCAAAAAAUCAUCAAAGAAAGUGAAAACAAAAUCUUGACUGAUCUAAUAACUUUAGAUACACCGGGAAAAGCUUCAGUAAGAGUUAUUAUUCUUGCUGAUCCUGAUGGACAUGAGAUCUGCUUUGUAGAUGAUGAAGGAUUUAGACAACUAUCAGUGCCAGAUUAUCCUAGUGAAGAAAUUUUAGAUAGAUAUAUCCAGAAAGAAGCAUCUGCUACAAGAUAAGAUACAAAUAAUUAUUUACUUUUCCAUAUUAUAGUACUGUUAGCAUGAAGAUUAAACAGAUAUUGAAACAUUAAAA